AUGGUCAUGAAAUACACCGAGUUCUUGGAUGAUACUCGUUUUGGUUAUCACCCCAGCAACAACGACAAGCAACAUCAGCAGGCAACAACGACAAGCAACCUCAGCAGGCAACAACGACAAGCAACCUCAGCAGGCAACAACGACAAGCAACCUCAGCAAGCAACAAGCAACAUCAGCAGGCAACAACGACAAGCAACAUCAGCAAGCAACAACAACAAGCAACAUCAGCAGGCAACAACAAGCAACAUCAGCAGGCAACAACGACAAGCAACAUCAGCAGGCAACAACGACAAGGCAUCAGCAAGCAAAAACAAGAAGCAACAUCAGCAGGCAACAACGACAAGCAACCUCAGCAGGCAACAUGACAAGCAACCAGCAAGCAACAACAAGCAACAUCAGCAGGCAAAACAACACAAGCAACAUCAAAGCAACAACAAGAAGCAACAUCAGCAGGCAACAACAAGCAACAUCAGCAGGCAACAACGACAAACAUCAGCAGGCAACAACGACAAGCAACAUCAGCAGGCAACAACGACAAGCAACAUCAGCAGGCAACAACGACAAGCAACAUCAGCAGGCAACAACGACAAGCAACAUCAGCAGGCAACAACGACAAGCAACAUCAGCAGGCAACAACGACAAGCAACCUCAGCAAGCAACAACAAGCAACAUCAGCAGGCAACAAACAAGCAACCUCAGCAAGCAACAACGACAAGCAACAUCAGCAGGCAACAACGACAAGCAACAUCAGCAGGCAACAACGACAAGCAACCUCAGCAAGCAACAAGCAACAUCAGCAGGCAACAACAAGCAACAUCAGCAGGCAACAACAAGCAACAUCAGCAAGCAACAACGACAAGCAACAUCAGCAGGCAACAACGACAAGCAACAUCAGCAGGCAAGAACGACAAGCAACCUCAGCAGAAGGGCAGGUCACCUCUACCGACAGGCUGA